UCGUCGCCGCGACAUGCUGGUAAUUGCACCGCGCCCUGCAGACAAACCUGCUGACACAAGCGGACACCAUCUCGGACGACAUUAACGCCUGUCAAGUGCCACCGGCGGCGAAAUAAACGAAGGAUGAUUGCCUAGCGCCGGACGCUGUCAAAGAAUCACCGAAAACACUUCCAAAUUAGCGUGUAAAUUAACUCCUGCUGCUAUUUUGAACACAAAGUUCGACACCCAAGAGAGUUUCAGAACGAAAGGAUCUCCGAAUCGCCACCGAGGCGAGGUUGUUUUGUCCACUUGCUCCGAAGGAAAACACCAGCGGGGAUAACGAAAUGACGCGUCGCGUCAAACCCACGACCACAGCAGCAAGGCACGCUUCGGAAAUCAUCCUGAUGGUCGGGCUGAUUGGAGCACUGGUCUGGAGUAUUCAUGGCAAAAGUUGUUCCGGCAAAGACGAAUGCAAGCCUGAGAUAAGUUGUCACAGUGUGCGCUGGUCCUGCAAUGGAACUGACACAGAUUCCCCUACGGCAGCACCUACUCAGGACCCUCUCAACACCAGGUGUUGCGUUCACCUGGGCACCUGUGGGGGUGAUGUAGAGGUGGCCGGUUGGAUCAACGUGCGCAACUCCAGCAUUGAGCUGGAUGGCGUCCCUUACUCGGCACAAUGGCUGGACACGUUCGUCACUGAGGGAAAUGCAACUCAGCCAGCGAUCAUCAAGUCUACUUACGCGGGAUCCUGGAGCACCUUGAAGCAAGCCGGCUACAAGUUUCCCUCCCAGAUGUUUGUAGCCGAGCCCACCAACAGCUGCACGGUGGACGGGGACCCCAAGUGGCCGGAGUGGUACCAAGUCACUGUCAACGUCAUCAACGGUGUCGACACUGAUGGCACUUUAGAGAUUGAGGGUGAGACGCCCAAGGACUGCUUGUGUGACGUGGAGUGGGACUGUCUGGACAGCGCCUGCUGGGUGGAAACGCAGAACACAUCAGAGGCUGGUGCCAGCCUGUCCAAAACCAAUUCUACACUGGAGGACAAAGUGGCAAAGUUUUGUCGAAGCAGCGAUAACGUUACCAUUGCUAACUACACCGCCUCCUCGUACUUUGCCCUUGGUUUUGGGCCGGAUCAGACUGCAAUUGACUCCUUCAACUUCAACACCAGCGUGGAGGGCGGUUGGGGCCCUGACCUGGACGACACAAACAUGUGGAUUCAGGUGGAACUGACCGAGGACACCAUUAUAUCUGGAAUAAUGACCCAGGGUGUAGCUGUGAACCCGGAACGUCGAGUCGAUGAGUUUAUGGUUGAGUACGAAGCAUCAGACUCGAGCACACAAAUCUUUGGCAGCAAUAUGCUCUUCAAAGCCGGAGCCAGACUGGACACCAAAAUGAUCAAUAGUUUCCCGACGCCCAUCAAAGCCAACCGAGUGAAGCUGCUCAUCUCCAAACCCUGCGAUCCCUAUUAUGUCGGACUGCGUUUCGCACUCCUUGGGUGCCUUGUUUGUGAUACGAACGGUGAUUGCACUGAAUCUGCUGGCGGGGUUUGUGAACCACAGAAAUUCUGUACAUACCAAGAGGCCACCACGACCGUCGUGGGGUCGACGACUGCUGCCGGUGACACCACUACAGUGCCAGCAGGUCAGACCACAGCAGUGCCAGCAAGUGAGACCACAGCAGUGCCAGCAAGUGAGACCACAGCUGACCAAGCGAUAACACCUGGGGAUUCACAGACCACCUCAGCAGCGACCCCUGUCCCGCCCACAAAGGGUCGAGACCCCACUACAGCUGUGCCGGGCAUGACCACCACUCCUCAACCCGUCCAGACUGCUACUGAACAGACUAGUGGUACACCUCCAGCAUCACUCAUUGAGGACAGAGUCGCGGAAGCGACACAGGGGCUUCCCCCUAAAGUCAAGACGGUGGUUGAAGAUCUCAUCCUUAUUGGCGGCACAAUAGACGGCGAUGCUGGGCCAGACCCGUCAGCGUAUCCUAAGGAGAACGUGACUGGGAGCGCCGUCCAGGCUGGCCUGAAUGUCAUCCGUAACAUCACCGUGGAUGCCAACACCACGAAGAACAACGAUCUGCAAGUGGACAUUGUCAAGAGUGCCUGGAACUUUCUGGUUGCCGUUGCCGGCUCCAACGCAUUUGUCGAGAACGGCAACAUUGACGAGAAUCUUUUGAGUGAGUACAUGGAUGUGUCAAGUCUCAUCCUGGAUGAAGACCGCAAAGAGGCCUGGAAGCAAGUUCAGGAGGAGAGCAUUGCGGGGCCUCUGGGCAUUGUCACCUCGGUGGAAGAACUAGCUCAGGGAGUCGCUGAAUCUGCAGCUGAGCCAUUCAACUUGCGCAUCGAAGUUGACAAGCCCAACAUUGUGGGACUUAUUAGCGGAUCAGCAAAGGAGCAAUUUCAGGAGAAAGGUUACGUGCACAACUUCUCUAGCGAAAAUCCCAAGGAUUGGACUGAGGUCACUAUCUCCAAAGAAGCUUUCCUAAAUGACCGAAAUGUGAAGAACUUGCCUGUCAACGACUCGCUGGUGGUUGUGGUCCUGAAGUUCUCCAGCAUAGCAGAUGUUUUAGACAAAAACGACGUACAGGAUAAGACACCCCCGAAUGGGAAGACCAAGAGAGUGGGUAGUGACAUCUUGUCCAUCAGUGUGGUCAGCGACGGGACCAUCUCGAUGCCUGUGUCCUUCAGACUCGGGCAUGAAGAGCGUAAACCUUUGGAAAACCAAGUGUGUAACUUCUGGAAACCACAUAACAAAAUCAUCGGAGAGUGGUCAAAAGAGGGUUGUGUAACUUCAGACGAGAAGGUUCAAUCCACCAAGUGUACCUGCAGUCACAUGACCAACUAUGCAGUGCUGAUGUGGCUGGGUGAAGAGCCACCUCCCGCGGAUGGAGCACUUGAUAUCAUCACCAAAGUGGGUCUUCUGGUGUCCAUUUCUGCUCUUGCCUUGGCAGUGGGACUCUUGCUCUUCCUGAGGUCAUCCCUGAACUCGGAGCGCAUCGUCAUCCACAUGCAUCUGAUGAGUGUUACCUUGGUGGCGCUGAUUCUCUUUCUAGUCGCUGUUGACAAGACAGAAAAUAAGCUGGUUUGCCAGUUCAUCACCAUUGCCCUGCACUUCUUCUACCUGUCCAUGUUCAGCUGGAUGCUGGUGGAGGGUAUUCAUCUCUACCGCCAGAUCAUUGCCGUCUUUGAGAGCGAGAAAUCCCGCUUGUGGGUCUACUUUGCCAUUGGAUGGGGAAUUCCCAUCAUUGUGGUUGGAACCACAUCUGGAAUUUUCUUCGAUAAGUACAAAGACCAUGAUCUGUGUUGGCUGUCUGUGCUUGACGGCAGUAUUUGGGCGUUCCUGGGAGGCAUGAUCCCCAUCCUGUUGGUAAACUUGGUCGUGCUGUUCAUGGUGUCGCGUAUUGUGAUGUCAGCUGCCAAGCUGCAACAGGAGAAGCCUGCAUUCAACAGUGCCAAGGCCGGUCUGCGUAGUUCCCUGCUCCUUCUGCCUAUUCUCGGUAUCACCUGGGUGUUUGGGUACUUUGCCCAUUACCACGCGGCCCUGCAGUACAUGUUUGUGACGCUGAAUUCCUUUCAGGGAUUCUUUAUGGCUCUGUUCCACUGCUUUAUGAGUAGCGAGGUGAAUAGCGCCCUCAAGCAGAAGAUCCGAAAGGUGAAGGAGAGCAGUCUGGGCGGAGCCUCCACUGUGGACUCGUCACACAAACCAGCGAUGUUUACGAGCGGGAUAAGGAAAGUGAAGGUUUGCCCAUCUCAAACAGAUAACACCAAUGACUACUAAUGGGACGAUUUGACCUUUGACACCUGACCUCUAAAAUUAUGUAUAUUCUACAGAGGUCAGAAAUUUGAUCAAUUUUAUGGUAUAAAAAUCUUUAUUGAGGAGUACGUGUUUAAAGUGAUGUUUUAAUUUGUAGUUGUUGCGGAAGUGAAGCAGUUUUGAAAAUAAAACGUAUGUGGCAAAAUAAGUCUAAAUGAUUUAAAAGACAAAAUGAAAAAAAAUAACCGGUUAAAUGUUCUUGUUUUAAAAUCUGUUGUUCUGGAUCCACCGUGAAAUUGAGUUUCUUGCAGUGAGGUAUUUAAAAUCAGCGGGGAGGUUUUGGAGAAGUCGGUAGAAUUGAGGCAGGCAACAGCAUCUUGGGGCUUUAGUGUCUUGAAUUGUUUUAACGUCCAAAUUAAUUCCCCGUUGGGUAUGUACCAAACGGCGAGGGAGAUGACGAUGUGAAGAGGAAAACAAUCUUCAGAAAUUUGAUUGUUUUUUUGUCUGUGAAAUUCGCUAUUUAAAUUUGCUAUUUACAUUUUGUAUAUUCAAUUCACGGAAUGAAUGUAGUAUCCAGACUUCACUUCAGCGGUUGUGUACAAAGUCUUAAAAUUGGACAGGCUUGUCAGUCCCAGA